GCCUGCUUAAACCUUAAAAACCAACAAAUUCUUUUUUUAUUUAAUUUUAGAAAAAUGAAAAGAGAAGGGAUUAUUAAGAAUAGGCAAUUCAUCGCCGAUAAGAGAUGGUUUCUUCCGAUUACAGUCGCCGGUAUUAUCGCCGGAGCUAUACUUAUUUCAAGCUCCAUGAAAACCACAGAUUACUCUCUUCUUUGCUCUCUCUCAAAAUCCAGAUCGGGAACUAUCAACGAGUUCUCCACCACGGUGGAUCAACUCAAAGCCAUCAUCCAUUACGCGACGUCACGUAUCGUCCCUCAACAAAACUUCCGUGAGAUCUCCGUUACAUUCGACGUUCUCCAGAAACGAUCUCCUUGCAAUUUCCUCGUGUUCGGGCUCGGUUACGACUCGCUGAUGUGGACUUCACUUAACCCGGGAGGUAACACUUUGUUCCUCGAAGAAGAUCCGAAAUGGAUCCAAACCGUUCUCAAAGACGCGCCGAGCCUCCGUGCACACGCCGUGAAGUACCGUACUCAGCUCAAACAAGCCAACUCUCUGCUCGCGCAUUACAAAUCGGAGCCGAACUGUCACCCUUCGAAAGCUUACUUGCGUGGCAACCAUAAGUGUAAGCUCGCCUUGACGGGGUUUCCCGAUGAGUUUUACGAUACGGAGUGGGAUCUGAUCAUGAUCGACGCACCGCGCGGGUAUUUCCCGGAAGCGCCGGGGAGGAUGGCCGCUAUAUACUCGGCGGCCGUUAUGGCGAGGAACCGGAAAGGUUCCGGCGCGACGCACGUGUUCUUGCACGACGUUGAUCGGAAAGUGGAGAAGGGUUUCGCCAGAGAAUUUUUGUGCAAGAAGUACUUAGUGAAAAGCGUGGGAAGAUUAUGGCAUUUCGAGAUCCCGCCUGCUGCUAACUUGAGCAACCAUGCAGGUCAUCGAUUUUGCUAAAAUGCACCCUCUUGUUUUAAAAAUAUUAAACUUUUACUAUUAUUUUUGUUUUCCCUUUUUUGUAAAUAAAAUAUUUUAAUAUUUGAUAAUUUGACACGUAUUAUAAAUAAUGAUAAACUAUAUACUUUUUAAAA